AUGCUUUCCUUCUUGAUGUUGUUCACGAUCUUCGCCAUGAUCUCCGUCAUUAUCUUCAACAUCUCCCUACUCUCUGGGCUCUGGCUUCUGGCAGCAAUCUCAGGCGCUGUCAGCUGCCUGGCAGGAUUCACCAACCUGAGGUCGCUGUUCUGGCUAAGCCAUUCUACCGUCUUGACUUUUCCCAGGGAGAUUGCUAACAUCAAAGGGCUUUCUCCUUUCGAUCAUUGGUACAGACUCGUCCUUGCACUUGACGACUGCAUGCCACACCGUUUCUCCAUCUGGCCCUCUCGCUCUAUCGAUCUGAGCUCCCUUCCUCAAAAGAUCAUUAGCCCUCUCCGGAUUCAUGCCCUGUCUGAAGUUGAAAUAGACUUCCUCGUCGGCAUGGGAGCCUUCGUCGGUAUGGGAACCUUCGUCGGCGUGGGAAUCUUCGCGGGUAUAGGGGUUAUAGGAGUCUCCGUCGGUAUGGGAGCCUUCGUUGGUAUAGUAGCCUUCGUCGGUAUGGAAGCCUUCGUCGGUAUGGGAACCUUCGUCGGUGUGGGAAUCUUCGCGGGUAUAGGGGUUAUAGGAGUCUUCGUGGGUAUGGGAGCCUUCGUCGGUAUGGAAGCCUUCGUCGGUGUGGGAAUCUUCGCGGGUAUAGGGGUUAUAGGAGUCUCCGUCGGUAUGGGAGCCUUCGUCGUAGAGCCGGGAGUGCCCAAAGUUUUUGUCGACGAUCUUUCUGGUGAGUCGGUCCAGCUGCAGGAGAUGCUUAGCUGGGGCGAGACACGAGAGGGAAACCAUCGACCUGAGGCCUGCACUUACCCGCGUGAAGGCACGACAGAAGCGAGUACGAACGUCUGUCAGUCCGUUUGA